GUGGCGACAUGGAUAUCAACAGGGUUAGCAAUUGAAGAGGCUCAGAUUGCAUUGCUCAUCGAGGUCCGAAGGAUCGGAAGAAGAUCCACCGAGACACAGAGAUUAGACAUCGCCCGUCAAAGAGAUCGGCUCCAAGGCCAGAUAGAUGGAUUUGCUCGGUCUGCUCUAACACAUCUCGGGGAGGGAUUUGAUGCAGAUGAUGAACCUGAAGACUUGGACGUAGACAUUCUAGAUGAUCUCGAUGAUGACCCGGCGGAUUUCACAGAGACAUCUCACACAUGGACAAACUCUCCCGAGCUAACUGUAAUCCCAUUGCCAUCAAACCUGGGGGUUGAUAGAUGCAGACGAUGCAUGGCAGAGGAUCUGAUUCCCCUGGAGAUGUCGCUUCGUGAAGGGCAGGCCAAUGAUGCCCUUCACAAUCUCCGCAUUUACCUUUGCAACAAGGCCAUCCUGUUCCGAACAACCGUUAGGCAGGCCAAUUCCCAGGCCCUGAAAACUCGAGCUUGGUCCCAGGUGACGUCGGUGCAGCAGGCAGUCUCCCUCCAUGCCAGCAUAUAUACAAAGACAAGGAAGCAAAUGAUGAAACUUGAGCCGGGGCAAGACCAGCUUCAGAAAUACAAACCCCUGCUUCGCGAGCAACUCAAAAUCAGCACUGCAGUGGGCGACCCAAAUGCCCGAGGUCAACGAAAUGAAUCUUUGGCUUGGUUUUGGUCUGUUGAAGUCGACCUCGGGGGUCCUGAUCAAUCGUGGAAUGAAGAAUUUUACCGAGUCCAUUGGCUGAGGGCAAAGGCACUACGGGAUCGAUGGAGGGAAGAAAUGCUAUUGGUCACAUUGGAGAUGGAUUGGACAUGUAAGUUCUUUUUGUGGAAAACAACCAUAUGGGGCGAGCACAUGCAGGAAUCAUUGGAGAAACGACUUCCGGGUCACGGAUGCUACGCCGGAAGGCAAUCCCACAUGUAUUCAUUGCUGGCACAGGAUGCGCAGGCAGCUUUUCAAGACCUACAAAACGUGUUGAUAGAGGCUGGAGAUGAAUGA